GUUUGUGUGAGAAGCUGCAUGUUGGGUGGUUAAAAGGAACUAAAAGUGAUCACCAGAGUCAGGGAGGAGGGCACAGGAAGUUUCUUUGGGCUGUUUUGCAAGUUCAUUCUCUGUUUCUACAACUAAGGAAGGACUUUACUUCAUGACCUGCUCUCUGAAAUAGAAAUGCCAGUCUAAGGUAAACACUCACAAGAUGGGGGACAGAAAAUAUGACAAGAAAGAGCCAGUUGUGGAAGAGACAAAGGUGAAAGUGCUUCUUGAAAGUGAAGCGUCAUUCGAGCCUGAUGAAAAAGCUGAUUAUGCUCCUGCUGGUGCGAACUCAAUCUACUCUGCGAUUCUGAGCAGAAAUGAGGCCGUCAAAGAUGCCAAGCGCCUGAAGACAUUUCUGGAGCUGCGAGACAAAUAUGUGAAGAAGAAGGUUCUGUUUGAGGACCCCCUGUUCCCUGCAAAUGAAUCCUCACUCUUCUAUAGUCACAGACCUGCCAUGAAGUUUGAGUGGAAGCGCCCCUCGGAAAUUUGUCAAAGCCCUCACUUCAUCAUAGAUGGAGCCAACAGGACUGACAUCUGUCAAGGAGAAUUGGGUGACUGCUGGCUGCUCGCCGCCAUCGCCUGUCUGACGCUGAAUGAGAAGCUGCUGUACAGAGUCAUUCCAAGAGAUCAGAGCUUCACUGAGAACUACGCCGGCAUCUUCCACUUCCAGUUCUGGCGUUACGGGGAGUGGGUCGAUGUGGUUGUGGACGACCGCAUUCCCACCUGCAACAACAAGCUGGUGUUCACCAAGUCCUUCAGGAAGAACGAGUUCUGGAGCGCUCUUCUGGAAAAGGCUUACGCAAAGCUGCACGGGUCUUAUGAGGCACUGAAAGGGGGGAACACACUGGAGGCCAUGGAGGAUUUCACAGGUGGCGUUACCGAGUUCUUUGACUUGGCCGAGGCGCCCAAAGAUCUCUACAGCAUCAUGAGGAAGGCGCUCGAGAGAGGCUCGCUGAUGGGCUGCUCCAUCGACGUUGUCUCAGCCAGUGAACUGGAGACUCGAACGGCACAGGGGCUGAUCAGAGGUCAUGCCUACUCCAUCAUAGCCCUGGAGGAGUGUGAUGAAGUUGCAAAGGACUCCAGAAUCCGCCUGAUUCGCCUGCGCAAUCCUUGGGGCCGCGUGCUGUGGAAGGGACCGUGGAAUGCAAGCUCAGAGGAGUGGUCGACUAUUUCCAUCGCGGAUAAGGAGAACUUAAAAAAACAGACUGUAGAGUCCAGUGAGUUCUGGAUGUCUUUCGACGAGUUCAAGAGGAACUUCACCAAACUAGAGAUGUGUAAUUUGACCCCCGAUGCCCUGCAGGGUGACGAAAGACACAGCUGGACUGUAUCGGUCAAUGAGGGCCGCUGGGUGAGAGGCAGCUCUGCUGGCGGCUGCAGGAACUUCCCGAGCACGUUUUGGACAAACCCCCAGUACCGGAUGCAACUUUAUGAGGAGGAUGAUGAACCAGAGGAUGGAAAGGUGGGCUGCACUGUUGUUGUGGCUCUGAUGCAGAAAGGCCGACGGAAGCAACGCUUCCAAGGAGCUAAAUUCCUCACCAUCGGGUUUUCUAUCUACGAGGUACCAGAGGAGAUGCAAGGGGAAGAUCAACAUCUAGAGAAGGAUUUCUUCUUGUACACAGCCUCCGUAGCUAAAUGCAAAACCUACAUUAAUCUACGAGAGGUGACCGAACGUUUCUGUUUGCCUCCUGGGGAGUACGCCGUCAUCCCCACGACCUUUGAGCCCCAUGAAGAGGGCGAAUACAUCCUCAGGGUUUUCUCUGAGAAGAAGAGCACUUCCGAGGAAACGGAGAACACCAUCGAGACUGGCAAAACGCAGCAAGACGAGAAAAAGAAAGGAAAGCCUAUUGUGUUUGUGUCAGACAGAGCGCGCGCCAACAAAGAGAUUGAGCAUGACGACAUUCAGGGGGAGAAGAGGAAGAAACCAAAGCAUAAACUGCUAGAACCCGAGGAGACCGACGAGGAAAAACAUUUCAGGGCCAUUUACCAACAGAUUUCUGGUGACGACAUGCAGAUCUGUGCCAAUGAACUCAAGACCAUCAUGAAGAACGUGCUCGCCAAACAUAGCGAAAUAAAGACGGAAGAAGGUUUCAGCCUCGAGACGUGUCGCAGUAUGAUCGCUUUAAUGGACACGGAUGGGACAGGAAAGCUGAACCUGCAGGAGUUCAAGCACAUGUGGAAAAAGAUCAAGGAGUGGCAGCGGAUCUUCAAGCGUUACAAGAAAGACAAAAAAGUCUCCAUCAGCAGUUUUGAGAUGAGGAACGCCGUUAAUGAUGCAGGCUUUCACCUCAACAAACAGCUCUACGACAUCAUCGCCAUGCGCUACUCGGAUGAACAACUCGACAUCGACUUCGACAGUUACAUCUGCUGCUUUGUGAGGCUCGAGGGCAUGUUCAGAGCUUUCAAUGCCUUUGACAAAGACGGAGACGGAAUCAUCAAACUCAACGUGCUGGAGUGGCUCCAGCUCACCAUGUACUCUUAAAUCGUUUCCCCCCCACACCCGACUCAGCUGCGGACAUUCACGCUCACGUUUACGGCAGCAGUUUUGUUCCCGUCACUUCAGUCUCUCUUUAGUUAAACCGCCAGAGUGAACAGAGUGCACUAAGAGCCUAUUAAUGUGAACAGAUUCCAUGUUCCCACCGAGCAAACGAUAUAAACACUGACAUCGUAAAGCUACGAACAUCAUGUUCGUCAAAGCAGUCAGUGAAUCAGAAGAAUGACUAUUUUUGUCCGUUUAUUGCCGUACACACACAGUAUGUAUUAAUAACAAAUGAAACCACAAAGUAUUACAUCAUACAAGUUGACAGUGUUCACUCCUUUCUAUUGUUGCCUGGAAAGAAAUGAGUUUUUGAGCAUGUUUAGCAGCAGUUUUGUAAAUAAUCCUCUCAUGAUCAAAGUUCUCUCACGUGUAGGAGUGACGAUAGACAAGAGUAAAUGUGUGUCAGCUGUGGAGUCAGGAAACCUAACAAAAUAUUGUUGGUGUAGGACAAAAACAAAUCAAAAAUCAAAUCUGUAAUAAUGAACUGAUAAAAAAAAUGAUGAUUUUGUGAUAUUUACACACACAAACGACACGUUUAUACAUUUUUAACAGUAAAGCCGCCAUUUCUCUGUUCUACUUCUGACUAAAUGAUCCCUUCCGACACUGUGGAAGACGUCAGAAUGAAAUACUCGACCGCAAGGGACUUGAAAUUCCUGAAUGUUUUUGUAAAGACAAAGCACCAACUCCACCAGCAUCAAUGACCUGUGAUAGUUUAGCUCACGCACAAAGCGUGACGAUGGAAGUUGAAACACACCCAUAAAGCUGAGAUCGCAACCUUCAUUGAUAUACAUGUAAACAAGAUUCAUUUUAAAAGGCAAAUUAUUGCAAAAGCCGUUUCACAAAAAGAGAUUCAAUCAUGCACAGUAAGGCGUCAAAUGAAAUGCUUGAGCGCGCAGUCGUUUCUUUUGUGUGUGUCCUCCAUUGACUUAACAGUCAGUGUUCACAAGGUCAAAGAGAUCCACGUGUCCAUUCAAGUGGAAAUCCUUUUUUUUUUUUAAACAACGUGAAAGACAAAAAAGAGGCUCAAAUACUGUAACGGAUGACAGUCCCGGCGUCCUCUGCGUCCCCUCAGUCAUGACUGAAUUCACUGUCUUUCUGCACGUGGCACUGCAUGUGGACAGGCAGCUCCUGUGGGAAGGAAGAACAUCAAACUUAGCAGAGUUUUCAUGCGUUGCUCAAUGAAGAUCCUCGUGCUUGUAAAGCCCGCCCCACACUAUAGAGGAUUUUCAAAUAUGACACGGACGACAAUUUUUGUAGCCACUUUUCAACACAGACUUGGACGAUCCAGUCCAGACGCAGGACCACACACUUUGUGUUUAAUCAAACGAUUUUAAGGGAGGAUGUUCCAGGGAUUAGGGAUCUCACAGAAACUCAGACAUCAGAAUGUAAACAGACAUGGAGGCGGACUGUCUGCGUCAUCAGUUAAUAGCUGCUCUGUGUGUGUGUGUGUGUGUGUGUUUGCGCGCGCAAGUUUUGGUUCAAUAGAAAAGAACACAACGUCUGUUAAUCCCUCACACUACAGGAUAAUUUGGCCAGAUAAUCUGUUCAAAAUCAAAUCAGCCUAAAAUUGGAAGACAACCAUGAUCGUCGGAAGGGCCAGAUCGCUCUAGUGUGGGGGCGGGGCUUGAGAAAAGGCCAUUAGUCCGUCACCUGCUGAACUGACUGCUGAGUGCAGAAGAAGGAGUUGCAGUUUCUCCAGCGACACUUGACCGUCUGCAGCUUCUGGUUGGUGUGAUCUCCUACAAGAUGCUGCACUAGAUGCUCCGCCAUGCCGAAUAUUAGAGAGCAGUUAUGCCACUGGACAAGAGUUGUUAAAAUGUUAGUUAGAACAACAACAAAAAAAGGAACAUAUUUAAGAAGAGUCAUUGUUCUUCAAGUGAGCUCAAAGCUUAGUCCUCACCCAGCAGCGGUGGUUUUUCAUCAAGUUUAGCUUGACUGCUUGAAUGCUGCCAUCAUAACAGCCGGUGUAGAUCUAGAAAUGAGGAAUAAAACACAACCAUUCAGUCUUUACUCAUCAACCUCCGGCAAAAAAGGGUCAAGAAUGGACUGACUUACCACACUCUUAUGGAUGGACAUGCACAUCACCAUGUCACUGUGACCGCCGUACACCUGCAGGCGGUCGUGUGACUAGGAAGAAAGACACAAAGUUAUAAAAUAUCUAGAGUAUAUAAAAGCACAAAGGAUGUUUUUGCAUAGUCAUGAAUAGUUAAUAUAGAGUUAACUGUUAUAUUUUAGAUUCUUCAGUGGCCAUCUUUUGUUUUAAAGACAGCUUUGCACAAUUCUGGUUUGUUUAACACCUUUUUGUGUGUGUGUUUACUACAUAAUCAUCACAGUCAUGUGUGUUCUUUCUCUUCAUUAUUAAACUACACUUUAAAAAGUGACAAAAACAACAUUGAAUGAGAAGGCGUGUCCAAACCUGACUGAUUAAUGGUUGGUUGCACUGCUUAUUAUUGAAAUAUACUGUGUCAAAACUGUGAAUAAAAUAAUAAUUUGACUCUU